AUGGACGCGCCAAACCUCUUGACCAUCCCGGUUGAACUCCGCGAACUAAUCUACGAAUUCCUCUUCAGCGGCUACCAUAUUCGACAUGGAUUUGGACACUCCAGCGCCCCAAACAACAACGCCGAGUCGUUGAAUCGCACUGCGCUUCUACUCACCUGCCGUCAAGUCCUUGCCGAGGCCUGGCGCCACCUCCCACUCAACUGUACACUCCAUUUCCGAGGUACGGAAAACUUGUUGGACACACUACUCUCCGUCGAUCAAAGCGUAGUAACACGCAUCCGCCACAUUCGAGUGCGCGCCUUUCCGUUUCCACUAUACGCGUCUGGCCGUUCAGAGUACUAUCCUACGUACUACGCCGCCAACGCCCUCGCCCUACUUCCCGGUCUUUGCUUGGACACGCUAGUUGUGGAUGACUGCUGGCACGGUUUCGGCAUGGGCGACGGCUGGCGCGAUGUAACCACGUAUUUUGACAUCGAAGCACUCCUUCAAAGCGACGCCUGGAAAGAACUCACCUACAUCACUCCAUGCACGGACUUCAUCGCGUCAGGCUACGAUCACCGGCGCAAACGCCUAGCGCAGCCAGAGACCUGGGAUGCGCUGAUCCGAGAAAGGGAUGGGGAAGAGUCUGGCGCGGAGGUCAAGAUGUUUAUCGUGCCGCAUAAGCAGGAUAAAGCUACUGGUGAGGACAAGACGGAAGAUGGACGAAUCAUGCAGCCUUGGGCGGCGAAACCGGGACAUGAGGUCAUUGAGAACUGGCGUAUUGCUGGGCCGGAACAGGAUACGAAAGGCGAGGUGAGGGUAGUAGCGAGGAGAGGCCAGAGGGCUAGAGCUGUGCAACUAGGGUUGAGUGAGAAGAGGACGUGGGAGGAGUUGAAGGGUAAGGUAGGUAGCUUUGCGCCGGAAGAUUGGAAGCCGUACCACAAUGAUAUGGCAGAUGCUAUAGGGUGGAUAUACGGUGGCUUUGGACGACGUAUGCAGCUCGCCAAUUCUGCGCUGAACCUGUGA